UCCUGCACGCGGGAGGAGACUCGCGCGAGUCGACUGUCAUUCGCGGACCAAAACCCUGACUGGACAUUAUUACCUUUAUUUCAGUAGAUAUCCGUGUAGAGGAGAGUUGUUUUAUCAUAUCUUGCGAGAGUUUAAACCUGGAACAUACUUAAUAUAAUAACGUUUCCCAGGGCCACGUUUACUUGUGCGACUUGGAAAGAGUUUUAUUCCCAAGAGAACUCCCGACGCGUUUGGUCUUCCUAAGAUAUUGGAGGACGCGUUUAUAAAGGCUUUUUAGGGCAGCUUUCCGUUCCCUUUUGAAUACUAUUUCGUUGUUCGACCGGUUUUUAUUCAUUCGCUGGUCGCUUUCUAUUCGAUUUAAACGCUAGCUAGUCUGUAAACUAGCUGAGUCCAGUAAAAAUGGGGUUACACCCGUUGGAGUUUAGUGAGUGUUACCUGGACUGUCCUGCUUUCAGGGAGAAAAUCAAAGCUCAUGAAGCAGAGCUGGACAAAACCGGCAGGUUUAUCAAAGAGCUGUAUAAGGAUGGAAAGAAUCUCAUCAAUGCCACAAAACAGCUUUCAUUGGCCCAGAAGAAGUUUGCUCAGUGCCUGGGUGAGUUCAAAUUUGAGUACAUCGGCGAUGCCAAAACUGACGAUGAGAAGUGCAUUGAUGAAUCAUUGCAAGAAUUCUCCUCCUUUCUUAGAAACUUGGAAGACCAAAGAGAUCUAAUGAUGAGAAACAUCACAGAGACACUGAUGAAGCCUUUAGAAAAGUUUCGGAAAGAGCAUCUCGGCUCAGCAAAGGCAGAGAGAAAGAGGUAUGAGAAGGAAACAGAGAAGUACUACAGCUCACUAGAGAAACUUUUGAACAUGUCAGCAAAGAAGAAAGAGCCACAAUUACAGGAGGCUGACAUGUCGGUGGAAGCGAUGAGGCAGCACUUUCAGGAGUCGUCUCUGGAGUAUGUUUGCAAGCUGCAGGAGAUACAAGAGAGGAAGAAGUUUGAGUGUGUCGAGCCUAUGCUGGCGUUCUUUCAGACUGUAUUUACUUUCUAUCAUCAGGGAUACGAGUUGGCCAAAGACUUUGACCAUUAUAAAAAAGCCCUUCAAAUCAAUAUUCAAAAUACACGGAGUCGUUUUGAGGGCACACGCUCUGAGGUGUACGAGUUAAUGAAGAGAAUCAAAGAGUCGCCACAGGAAUACAGACAGACCAGCCCCAUCAGCAGUGAGGGCUAUCUUUACGUACAGGAGAAACGACCUCCUCCUUUCGGAUCCAGCUGGGUGAAACGCUAUUGCACGCUUGUCAAAGAACAGAAAAUUCUACACAUGAAGACAUUUGACCAGAGAUCAGGCGGGAAGCUUGGUGAGACAGAGUCUGUUACAAUCAAGUCUUGCAUCCGCAAAACCACAGACGCUCUUGACAGGAGGUUCUGCCUAGACAUAGAGAUCACAGACCGACCGAUCACAGUCCUGACGGUCCAGGCACUCUCAGAAGAUGACCACAGAUUCUGGAUGCAUGCGAUGGGAGGAAAGGAACCGAUGCAGUAUCUCAACCGGACACAUUCACGAGAAAGAGGAAUUGAUGCCCAGUUGGAUGACGUGGGAAUAAACUUUGUGAAAAAUUCAAUAAAUGCCAUUGAAACCAGAGGUAUUAAUGAUCAAGGUCUGUACAGAGUUGUCGGGGUCAGUUCAAAAGUACAGAAGCUUCUCAGUUUAAUGAUUGAUGAGAAGAGCAGUGGAAUAGAUUUAGCAGCCAGUGAGGACUGGGAUGUCAAAACCAUCACCAGUGCUUUAAAACUUUACCUGAGAAUAGUAAAAGUGACCGACUUCACUGUGACCAAGAAUAAUGCUGGAGUACCAAUAUGUAAAAUAUUCGGGGAUGCUCCGAGCAGCUCUCCAUCUUUAGCUGCUACACCCCUCUCUGCGCCAACCAGACAGUCCAAGAGGCUCAGCCGGCAGAAUCGCCCGCUGGCUGUUUACAACCCGCAGGUGCUGGAUAUUCAAACAGUCUCUCCAUCCUCUGAGAGUCCAGCCCUGGUUAAUGAUGAGACAUCAGUGAGCAGUAAUGAGUCGGUCUCCUCCCAGUCUUCGAACGCCUCUGGAACGCCCCCCAUGAAAUCUAAGAAUCAUCACGCCACCAUUAGCACAUCCCUGCCAGAGAACACCGGGAUAUGUACUGCCACAGCUUCAUGGAUGAAUUCUGCCUCCCCUGCCUCAGUUACACCGGUGAAACCUGGAUCAGUAGGAACUGAGAAGAAUAAACCUGAGGAAUGUGUCACCCUCAUGAAAGCAAAGGCUGUGUACCCCUGUGAGGCUGAACACGAUUCUAGGGAUUGGCUAUAG